CUUCCCGCCCCUGCAUUACGAAGACUGUGCGUCCUUAUAUUACAGCCUCGUGGUCAACGGCGGCGUGUUUUUGUUAUCUUAUUUCAUUUAUACCACAUGGAUUUUUCCUAUCUCAAAGCCCACCCGCUAGCAAACCGUUCCCUCGAGAGAGGAAGCCCAACCUACACUCGGACCGUGGAUAGGAUUCGAACCCGUGCGCUUGGAGACACCUCGGAUCCUGAUGGGAUUCUCACUGCUCGGCCUCAUAUUUGCCAGAGUGCUGCACUGCCAGUUUAGGGAACAGCCCACGAAUGUCCCUCACAGCUACGCCAUGCACGCCAACACAAUGUUUUUUGAAGUGGUUCUCCAGGCAAGUACCUGCGCGCUGUCUUCCAAGGUCAAGGAGACCAUUAAUGUUUCCCAGCACGGUACCAUGGAAAUGACACAAGCCACCACGCCAGACAACCAGGCCUUUACAAGCAGUCACCAGCAACACCUGUCCUCCCCUGCCACCAUUCUAACUCCCAAUUUCCAGCAACCCCCAUUCGUUGACUCCAAGCCCCACUAUGGCCACGACAAUCUUCAAAAUUUUCCCGAAGCUCCCCCUGACCCCACAGCCAGACAGACGAGUGAAACUACAUCACUGUGAUAUGAAAUGUAAUUUUGAUUUUAAAAUGUGUAAAAAUGGACACGGAUAUUUUCUUGAAUUUUUCUGUAUGUCUGAAUGUCCAAUGAGCAAGACAAUGGAUUCAAGUCCAAGUGUAAGACUUUGCGUGUGUCUUGGAAGGUGCGUCACCACCCAUUAAGGCUAAUUAGUUAUCAUGAACGUAAUUGUUUCACAGGUAUUGUUAAAACAUUUUAAAUAAAUAGAAAAAUCUAAAGUGACAAUGAACAACGAUCACUUUCUUUUCUGAACGUUUUGACUUGUAACGAUCAGUUAAGUAACACUAUCUGGCAUCCACAAUUUUCAUACACUCAGCCGAAGCACAUCUUAUCAUCUGUCUCACGACACGAUAACACACUAAGUGCCAUCUGCUGCUCCCCUGUGGAUCUAUCGCCCACAACUGUGCCGUGCCUUCCACUGCAAGCACCGCCGCAGACCCCUUCCCUCCAGCAUUUCCCGCCGCCAUGCAGGCUCACCCUCCAACCUAUGGAACUCACUUGCCGCACCCUCCCGCCGUGGCUCAAGGAACUGACGUGUGUGGAACCCUCCUCACCGGAAGUACUUUGGGCAUCGCGAGCGGAAUCCUGGUAAUCCUACUCGUCAUCGGCAGCAUCGGGCUCGGGAUGGGUGCGACAUUGGAUUGCUACGAUGAUUAUUACGAAGAUUGUGCGUCAUACUACAGCCUCGUGGUCAACGGCGGCGUGCUGGUGGGAUUCUCGCUGCCAGGCCUCAUAUUUGCCGGAGUGCUGUACUGCCAGUUUAGGGAACAGCCCAUCCUGCUGCACACCACGAAUGUCCCUCACAGCUACGCCAUGCCCGUCAAAACAAUGUUGUUUGAAGUGGUUCUCCAGGCAAGUACCUGCGCGCUGUCUUCCAAGGUCAAGGAGACCAUUAAUGUUACCCAGCCCGGUACCAUGGAAAUGACACAAGCCACCACGCCAGACAACCAGGCCUUUACAAGUAGUCACCAGCAACACCUGUCCUCCCUGCCACCAUUCUAA